AUGGACGUUUCUAUGCAGAUGGCACAGUCCAUUGCAAGUCAACUCCUGAUUGCCGAACGCGAGCAGAGCAUCAGCAAUCUGCAGAGAAAAAAGGAGCUACAUGAUUGGAUGAAUUGGGUCUCCCAGUGUCAACCUUGUGGUGCCGAGUCAAACUCUUUUUUCGCCAAACUUCUUGAUAUCUGGGGCACCAGCCUUUUGCAGUAG